AUGCAGCAUGAAGUAGAAUUUUGUAAACAAAGGACAGGCAAUAUUUGGAAAGAGGUUGGAAGAGCACAAGUAAUAGCUGGAGUAGAUGACAAUACAGCAUUUUUCUUGGAAAGGAUACCAAGACAGGCUGGAUAUGAUAUUCCCCCUCCAGGGGCAACUGUUGGCCCUUCAGCUGCUACACCAGGCUCUAUCCAGGGUCAUCAAGCCGCAUCAGCAGCACCGUUACCAGCCGCCCCAUCAAGUGGUGCCCCAAAAAUACCAGCCUCUACAUUAACUGCUUCUACAUCAAGAUAUGCUUCACCAUCCUCUGCUGCUCCAGCUUCUUCUGGCCCUUCGUCCGCAGUACCAUCUUCUUCCGGCUAUCAAAGACAAGGAACAUUCGGAGCUGGAGGAGGUGCUCCAGCUGGUGCUGGACCUUCAAGUCAAGGUACUGGAGCUGUUCCAACUUCUAGUCCUGUUGCUACUCCAGGAGCUGGUCCAACUACUGUUACUCCAGGAGCUGGUCCAACUUAUGCUACGCCAGGAGCUGGUCCAACUACCGCCACUCCAGGAGGCAGUCCAACUUAUGCUACUCCAGGAGCUGGUCCAACUACCGCCACUCCAGGAGGCAGUCCAACUUAUGCUACACCGGGAGCUGGCCCAACUUAUGCUACAGGCACAACUCCAACAGCAGGUGCAGGAACUAUCCCAGCGCAAGGCUCCAGUCCAGGCGGGGGCCGAGGAACUGGAGCAGGAUCAGCAACUGGCCCGGGACCAACUUCAGGUCCCGGACAAGGCGCAGCCAAGCCAGGACCAGUUGGAACAGGUGCGGGAACUGCUGGAGCAAGACCUGGCGCACUGCCUUCAACACGUCAACCAGUGUCACCUGUAAGAGGCGGUGGACGCUCGGGUGGUGGAGGAGGAGGAUGUUGUGGUUGUGGCGAGAGUCCACCUGGCCCUCCUGGUCCUCCUGGAACGCCUGGAAAUGAUGGAGCUCCAGGAGAACAAGGUCAACCAGGCAAAAAUGGACCUGAUGGUGCUGCUGGAGCAGCUGGUAAAGAUGCAGAUGGUGGGAUUCGUGGUAAUCCUGGACCGCCAGGACCUCCCGGCCCUCCUGGAUCACCUGGCUCUACUGGAGAUGCCGGAACUCCUGGGCAGCCUGGAACACUUAAAGAAGUACCUGGCAAACCCGGACCUCCUGGUCCACCAGGAGCCCCUGGCCCCGCAGGAACUGAUGGACAACCAGGCAAUCCUGGCAAAAAUGGAACUGAUGGAAAGGAAGGGCCACCUGGAGAGACAGGACCGCCUGGCUCACCAGGAAAGCCUGGUAGUGACGGUGAAGCUGGUCCUCAAGGAAGCCAAGGCUCUGGGUUUUGGAAGUUGUGA